UCCAUGGAGUGUGUAAAUGAGACUGUGGUCCAGGAGUUCAUCUUCCUGGGCUUCUCGUCUCUGGCCGAGCUACAACUGCUGCUCUUCGUCGUUUUCUUGCUCCUCUACCUGUUUACUCUGAGCACCAAUGCGGUGAUUGUUUCCACCAUCGUGCUGGACAGAGCCCUGCACACCCCCAUGUACUUCUUCCUUUCCGUCCUCUCCUGUUCGGAGACCUGCUACACCUUUGUCAUCGUGCCCAAGAUGCUGGUUGACCUGCUGUCUCGGAAAAAGAGCAUCUCCUUCCUUGGCUGUGCUGUCCAAAUGUUCACCUUCCUCUUCCUCGGCUGCUCCCACUCCUUCCUCCUGGCAGCGAUGGGUUACGAUCGCUACGUGGCCAUUUGCCACCCUCUGCGCUACACGGUGAUCAUGGGGCACAGGGUGUGCGUGGGGCUCGUAGCUGCUGCCUGUGUCUGUGGCUUCACUGUGGCACAGACAAUCACGUCCUUGGUGUUUCGCCUGCCCUUCCACUCUGCCAAUCAACUCCAUCACUUUUUCUGUGACAUCUCCCCCGUUCUCAAAUUGGCUUCGCACCGCUCCCACUUCAGUCAGAUUGUCAUCUUCCUGCUCUGCGCGCUGGUCCUGGUUGUCCCUCUGUUGCUAAUCUUGGUGUCGUAUAUACACAUUAUUUCUGCCAUCCUCCAAUUUCCCUCCACCCUGAGCAAGUACAAAGCGUUCUCCACCUGCGCCUCUCACCUCAUUGUCGUUAUAGUCCAUUACGGAUGUGCCUCUUUUAUCUACCUGAGGCCCAAGUCCGGCUACUCUUCCAGCCAGGAUGCGCUGAUAUCAGUGUCCUACACUAUCCUAACUCCGUUAUUCAACCCAGUUAUCUACAGCUUGAGAAACAAAGACUUCAAAGCAGCUCUUCAUAGAGUUAGAGGAAGAGCAGUUACCCUAAGACAACGUUAA